GUCCUGUCCUUCUGGUACCUCAGACCCUGGCUACUCACCUCCUCAGACAGCUCAGUGUGUUCUCUAGAAGGGGUUUGUUACAACCUCUACAGGUGGUCUCCUCACUACAGAAGACAUGGACACCUGGGAACCCAACCUGGUGCGAUCCAUUAAGGCCAGUUUCCCCUCUGAAAGCCUUCACAUGUCCUGUGACCUGAUGGGAAUAAUAUUGAAUCCCUCCAUGUGGACAGUCCCACCCCUGGUCCCAGGGCAGAGCUUCAGCUACGUCCAUGGGGCCUCCUCAGUGUCCCUGCUGGGCCAGACGGUGGGUCAGAGUUUGCAGGCGGCAGCUGACCGCUGGCCCCACAGAGAGGCCCUGGUGUUCGUGCAGGAUGGAGUCCGUAAGACCUUCUCCCAGUUUCAGGAGGACGUAGGUCUUUCAUCCACCCUCUCUUCUAAUCUAUUUCAUCAUAUCUUAACAUAACAGGACUGUAGAGGUUUAGGAGGGGUAACAUAACAGGACUGUAGAGGUUUAGGAGGGGUAACAUAACAGGACUGUAGAGGUUUAGGAGGGUAACAUAACAACAGGACUGUAGAGGUUUAGGAGGGGUAACAUAACAGGACUGUAGAGGUUUAGGAGGGGU